UUUGCUUGUCAUUGGACAGCGUUGCUGCCAAUCAUCCUAAUUUAAGCGGAAGUAGCGAUACACUUCCCGACGUGCUCUACGGCGCAGGAGGCAGGCUGGGCUCCAGUGCUUGGACGAGGGAGAGCUAAGAUGGCGGUGGCCGUGCGAACUUUGCAAGAGCAGCUCGAAAAGGCUAAGGAAAGCUUAAAAAAUGUGGACGAGAACAUCCGCAAGUUGACGGGCAGGGAUCCGAACGAGCUUAGGCCUGGCCAAGCCAGAAGGUUGACCAUCGCAGGCCCAGGUGGAGGUAGGGGGCGUGGGCUUAAUAUACUGAGGCGUGGACUCUCGGAUGGCGGAGGGGGCCCCCCAGCUAAGCAGAGGGAUAUUGAAGGGGCGCUCUUGAGGCUGGCAGGUGAUCAGCGGGCGAGGAGAGAGUCGCGCCAUGACAGCGACGCAGAGGAUGAUGAUGAUGUCAAAAAGCCGGCGUUGCAGUCUUCAGUCGUUGCUACCUCCAAAGAACGGACACGUCGAGACCUAAUUCAGGAUCAGACCAUGGAUGAAAAGGGCAAGCAAAGGAAUCGACGUAUGUUUGGCCUGCUGAUGGGAACUCUUCAGAAAUUCAAGCAGGAAUCGACAGUGGCCACUGAAAGGCAAAAAAGGCGUCAGGAGAUUGAGCAGAAACUGGAAGUCCAAGCAGAGGAAGAGCGCAAGAAAGUUGAAAAUGAGAGACGAGAGCUUUUUGAAGAAAGGCGAGCCAAGCAGACAGAGCUGAGACUUUUAGAACAGAAAGUGGAGCUUGCUCAGUUGCAAGAGGAGUGGAACGUACACAACGCUAAAAUAAUUAAGUACAUCCGUACGAAAACAAAGCCUCCAAUCUUCUACCUUCCUGGGAGAAUGUGUUCAGCCACUCAUAAGCUCUUAGAGGAGUCUCAGAAAAAAAUGAAUGCCUUGUUUACCGAAAGGCGUGAAGAGUUUGCAGAGCAGCUAAACAAGAUGGAGGCGCGCCCCAGGCGCCAGUCGCUGAAGGAGAAAGACCAGGAGGAGGUUCAGAACGAAGACCCGCUGAAAGAAGAGCAAGAGGAGGGUAAGCCGUCUCGGCACGAGACCGAGGGGGAAGAGACAGGUAACCAGAGCAACGACGUAGAGAUGGAGGAAGCAGGGGAGAGGGAGGAGAAAGAGGUGAGUGUAGUUCAUAGUGAUGUGGAAGUCGAGCAGGAAGAGAGGGGGAAGCAGGCAGCACAGGAGCCGGCUCAGUCAGCGGAAGUGGAAGGAGCAGAGGAGGAAGAGGGGGGUGCUGCUGAGUUCAGGGAGGUAGAGGAGCAGGCGGAGACUGUUGCAGAGGUCAGGGUGAGCGAGGAGUCUCAGUCAGGAGCCAAUGAUCAGGAGAUGGAGGAACCUAAACCGCAGAGCCCCGCUCCUGUAGAAAUGGAGGUCGGCAAUGACAAAGCAGAGGAGGAUGAGCAAGAAGCAGAGGCUGAGGCACAAGCUGAGCAGGAGUCCGCUAUGCAGGUGGAAAGGCAGGAAAACGGCCUGGAAGCGAGGCCGGCUGAUGGCGAGCAGCCACCGGAGGAGCCGGCCCCCCGUGUUCCCGAGCCCGAGCUGGCCCCCGAGGGGAUCGCGGCGGCAGCUCCCGGGAGCCAGCCCGGCCUCGAGCCCGCCGCGCAGGCCGGUCCGCCGCGACCAGAGCAGGCAGCGCCGCCGCCGCAGCAGGCGGACGACCUCGCCAAGGAGCCGGGCCUCCCAGGCGAUGGCGGCGCGCAGGGCCGGGGCAGGGCGCCGGACAGGCACAAGGGCCGGAGCAGCAGCAGCUCGUCCUCGAGCAGCUCGUCCAGCUCCAGCAGCAGCGGCAGCAGCUCGAGCAGCAGCUCGAGCGGCAGCAGCAGCCGGAGCACCUCCAGCAGCAGCACCUCCAGCAGCCACAGCAGCUCCAGCAGCAGCACCAGCAGCGAGAGCAGGAGCCGCAGCCGCGGCCGGGGCGGGGCCGGGGGUGGGGCCGGGGGCGGGCACGCCCGCGACAGGAAGCGCAGGAGGCGGCCCUCGGAGAGGGAGAGGGACAGAGAGAGGAAGAGGGGGGCGGCGGGUGUGGAGCGGAGCCACAAGACCUCCAAAGGCAGCAGUCGAGACGCCAAGAGGCCCAAGGACAAGACCUCCAGGGCAGACGGGAAGAGGUCGGUCUCGGAGGGCAGUCGAUCUGGGAAGAGGCCUUCUCGCGGCGAGAGAGAGCGAAAGACGGAGAGAAAGGACAAAAGGCGCUGAGCAGAUGACAGGCCGCCCCCCCCACCCCCUUCCUUUAAAAAGAGAAAAGCCGCUAUCUUCAGCUGGAGGGGACUGUAAAUGGACGAGCGGGAAGAAUAGUUCCUUUGUAAGGAAUAGAAUCGCCUUAUGAAUCACUCGCUGACUUUUUUUUUACGAAGAAACACAAACCCGAUGAGGCAUUGCUUAAAAUAAAACUUCUCAGUUUACGUCCUUUUUACCUGGCUUGCGUAGUGUUCCUCAGACUGACACGAUGUCGUUUUAAAUUUCGGACCGGACCCGGCUUCCUGUCGGGUGAUUCUUCCUGAGCUGUUCAGUGUUUGUGUUGGAGGGGGAGGGGGUUAUAUUGAAAUGGAAUACCUCGUGUGUUUAAAUUGAAGUUGGUAAUUGUGAUGUCGGUGUUGCAAAAGAAAAUGGUCCCUCUGGGUUUUGAACAUGCAAUUUUUUAAAAAAACGUACAUGUUUUAAAGGUUUCUACUGAUCUAGCCAUUGCGUAUUUUCAUUUUGUCAUUUGUUAGCCGAAUGGCAUUUUGUUUUGUACUGAUCCUCUGAGCAAGCGGGCUGCUUUCUUCCCUGUGGCCUUGCCUGCAGAAUGCUGGCUUUGGCUGUGUUGCCUUGCAGUGCACAGAGAUUGUCCUGAGACUGUGCAUCAUUGCAGCUGUCUUCUAUCUGCUCAGUGGCAGUGUGUUCCUGCCAGCUGUCCCUGAUGUGGAAUUAAAUGAUGCAGCCCUCUAUUUUAAUGUGUACGUUUCAUUUUGUAUUUUAUUCUUUUGUAAAUGCCUGUUGGCACCCACGAGGGAUAAUCAAGUGUCGCACCUCCAAAGCUUUUUUUGUCGGGGACAUUGGGAGUCUGUAGCUCAAUGGCUCAAUGGAACAUUUUUGGCCUUUAUGGGGGGUGUCUGUACAACUGAAAUUGAAGCCCCUUCCUAAAUAAAAGCGUCUUUGUUGCUUCUAAAA